AUGGGUGUUUCGUUUUCUAAGUUGUUCAGCAACUUGUUCGGUCAUAAAGAAAUGAGAAUCUUGAUGGUUGGUCUUGAUGGUGCUGGUAAGACCACUGUUUUAUAUAAGUUGAAAUUGGGUGAAGUUGUCACUACAAUUCCAACUAUUGGUUUCAACGUUGAGACUGUUGAAUACAAGAACAUCUCAUUCACUGUUUGGGAUGUCGGUGGACAAGAUAAGAUCAGACCAUUAUGGAGACAUUACUUUAGAAACACUGAAGGUAUCAUCUUCGUUGUUGACUCUAACGAUAGAGCUCGUAUUGCUGAAGCUAGAGAAGUCCUACAAAGAAUGUUGAACGAAGACGAAAUCAGAAACGCUGUUCUAUUGGUCUUCGCUAACAAACAGGAUUUGCCAGAAGCCAUGCCAGCUGCCGAAAUCACCGAAAAGUUGGGCUUACACUCCAUCAGACAACGUCCAUGGUACAUUCAAGCUACUUGUGCUACUUCUGGUGAAGGUUUGUACGAAGGUUUGGAAUGGUUGAGUACUACUUUGAAGAACCAAUCUUAA